AAGAUUACUUCCCAUUCCCCAGACACCUUAGUGCCCUUACGAGUUUAGCGUUCCCCCAUGAUCACAGAGUAGUGGAGGAAGUACACGUGUACCACUCACACUCUCACACGUAACACUGGGAAAACACUGUCAUUUCAGGUGUUUCUGCCUCACUCACGUGUUUUUCUACCUCACUCAGGUGUGUUUCUGCCAGGUGUGUUUCUUCUCCCACACACGUACAGUCGGCAGAUGAAAAAUGUCUUCCUUGGUCUUCCAACUCUUAAUGGUGCUAAUGAUUGCAGUGUGUAGUGUUGUGUCUUCCAAACCUCCCAAGUCACAGGUUGUGAAGUGUGCCGUGUGUCGAAGUUUAGUUAAUGAACUACAUGCGGCCAUCAGUGAUGUCGAUCCAAGGAAAAAAAUUGAUGUUGGCUCCUAUCGUAUUGAUGCAGAUGGGAAACAGAAAUUGUCGUCCGUGAAAUACGCUGGUUCUGAGAUGCAUAUGCUGGAAGUUAUGGAGACUGUGUGUGGGAGUAUGAAGGAUUAUGCUCAAGCUCGCCAUAAAGAGACAGGGAAGCUGGAAGCAAUGAAGCUCAUUGUUAAUGGAGCUAUGAAUCCACGCUUUGGUGAAUACGAGAUGGUUCAGGACCCGGAUCUCAAUAAAGGACUGCAGUUUCACUGUGAAUCUAUUGUGGAAGAUUUUGAGGAUGAAGUUGUUGUAUAUUUUAAAGAAAAUGCUGAAUUAGAUUUAGAAGAGUCCCAGGAAAAAUUUUGUACUAAAUUAACUAAUAUUUGUGAUGGUGUAAGAGAUGAAUUGUAGCUUUUCUCAAGGGGAUUAGCAUAUGGUAUUUAUGUGAGGGCGGAUUUGUCGUAAAUUUAAGAUUUUGUAAACUUUUAAUAAUUUUUUAUUACAAUGUAUGUUGUUAAAAUGUGUUCAAAAGUCAUGUGAUAUUUAUUAAUUUAUUUUCAGUCGCUACACAAACUGAAAAUUUCAUACCUAAAUAUAUAUAUUGUUAUGAUAAGCUGUAUGUAUUUAACUUUUGUAAUGAAACGCUAAACAACUCUAUGUCCGGCCCAUUAAUCAAUUAAAAAUACACAAAUGCCUAAUGAAAUUAAAGCUUAAAUCUCACAACAAUAGACCAUGAAGAAAUAUACAUUCCAUCAGCUUUUUAUAUUCAAUAUACCAUGCUUCUUUUAUUUAUUUUUCUUCAGAGAUGCUAUAUUUUACAUAUGUUAUCCAACCUCUGCUUUCUUUCACAACUUAGCUCUUGAGAUAUCCAUGGUUUGAUGCAUCAUUCUCUAGGCUGUGACCCAUAAUCAGCUAACACCUAUUACUGCCGAGUACUGAGGCAACAGCUUUACCCUAGGGAGGUAUAAUUCAGCAAAUAGUCUUCCUAUGUUAUACCCUGAUAUGCUGUACCCAGUGAAGACAAAUAUUCAAGUAUAAUUCCACGAAUCCGCAUUUAUUGUUAAUAUUGAGGAGGAGCAAAUAAAGUAACAAUCACUGAAGUAAUGCAAGGCUUGUUACAAGUCUGUUUCAUAACCUUCACUCGUGGAUACCUCACAAGGGUUAAGAUGACCUAUACAUGUCUUAUCCAGUCCAGAACCUUUACACUGGGAAUCAAAUGCUCUGUCUGUUGAGCUGUUGUACAUGGCUUCCCCUUUCUUUUAACAUGUUGGAUGACCUUGUGUUCCUAGUGGUUAUUCUGAAUAUAAUUGCACAUACAUUAUAAUGCAAAUUUUGCAAAAUGCUAUUGUUUAACACUAUUUAUGGAUAGUGAUGAAUGACCCAGACAGGAUAAGCACUCUAUUUCACUAUCAUAAUACUAUAAAAGGACUGGGGGAAUUUUUUUAAGCUUACAUUCAUAAGACAUGUAUAGCAAUCUUAAAUAGGCAGAAAAGAGUGGGCAGAUAUUUUUUUUAAGACAUGCUGAAUUUAUAUUUAAAGAUAUAAAAAUUUUACUUUCCCUGAAAAAUAUUUAUGUAGGCAUUUUGUGUACAGUAUACCAUAUUAAUUUGUGUACGGUAUAUUACAUUAUUAAUUUUGUGUACAGUAUACCACAUUAUUAAUUUUGCCCAAACUUUUUAAAUAAAAUACAGGUUCAGAAUUAGAAAACCUUGAAUUUUAAUAUGAAUUACUCGUCAUAAUGCACAAAUAGUUAUUAAAGGUAUAAAUUUUUGGGAAGGAGGCUUUUUAAUAUGCCAUCUGUCUCUUGCCAAGGUAGGAUGCCCAAAAUAAGAAGAAUCACUGUCUUGCGAAAAGCACCCUGACUUCACGGUGUUAAUUUCCUAAAAUUUACUGUCAUACGGUCAUUUACUAAACCUGAGUUUAUCUUGUUAAAAAUAUUGUACGUUAUGCUAUAAAAAACAUUAGCUGUAAAUUUAGUAAAUAAACAGAUUUCCAUAUUUUCAA